GUGUCAGCGAGAGCGGUGCGCUUCGCGUGCGCUUGCCGUGCAGGUGCGUACCGUGCGCGCGGAUGCCACUAAUGCGUUUUGUCAACUGCCACGGCGUUGGUGUAUGCAUCCAGCGAUGUAGCGCCCGUAAGCGCUGCGUGUUCGGUGUAGAUGGAGCUUGUCACUUCUCGCAAACACUGCACACGACAGCUGCUGUUCGCCCUCGGCGUCGUUACGGUGCUCGUCAUCCUCUACGCCAGUCCACGCGAGCUGCGCAACGCAAUCGGAGGUGGUGCAUCCCGGGAUUCAGUGCGACAGAGUGCCGUGACAUCGUACCACAACAACAGCAGCAGCAGCAACAACAACAAUGCCAGCGCAUGGAAGUUUCCGAUCAGAGUGCUGGGACGCUUUCGACACGAGUCGAGAGCCAAUGCCACUAUCGACUUGGACUACUCCGACCAAAUGGUGCACGUGCUGCUCAUUUUCACGAACGUUCGCGAAGCGAGUAACAUGCGCGAGAAGCUGUCCAUCUGCCUAGGCUCUCUGAUCGCCCUGAGCAGCGUCCCGCUUCGAGUCUACAUCGUCACGGACGGCCCCAGCGCCGAUGUGGCCCGGCAGGUUCUCGCGGACGCCUCCGCCAAGGCCUCUUCGGAUGUGCUGGCGGAGCUUGUGCACGUGGAUGAUAUGCUGGCUCCUCUCCUGGACCUGAUGUCCUUCAUGCAGCCCCACUUCAGCUCCGCAGGUUACUACAGCAAGAAGCUCUUCUUCCUGUCUACAGGCGUACAUCGGCUGUUUCCUGCAGAGGUCCGUCACCUCAUCCUUCUGGAUGUUGAUCUCCAGCUGCGCUCAGACAUUGCUGUCCUGCAUCGCCACUUUGCCCUGUUUCCUCCGGGCACCAUCAUGGGGCUGGGGCACGAGCUUCAGCCCGUGUAUCGUCACGGUCUGCACAAAUAUCGGCAGGAGCACCCGGGUACCCAGUGCGGCGAGCCUCCGCCGCGUGGAAACCCCGGGUUCAACAGCGGCGUACUGCUCAUCGAUCUCGAGGCCGUUAGGAACUCGUCCACCUACAAGAAAUUCCUCAGUGCUGAGGGAGUCCAGUUUCUGGUCAAGAAAUACAGCUUUCGAGGCAACCUCGGAGACCAGGACUUCUACUCGCUCCUUGGCUGGGAGUGCCCCGAGCUGUUCUACGUGCUUCCGUGCACGUGGAAUAGACAGCUGUGCGAGUGGUGGCGGCAUCACGGCUACGCAGACGUUUUUGACGAGUACCACAGGUGCAACGGUACUGUUCACAUUUAUCACGGGAACUGCAACUCUUCCAUACCAUCGAUGAGAUGACAGUGGGAUGUCCCACUCCGUUGUUGGCAUGUGCGAAGUGUGCGAAGGUUUGAAAUGUGACACACACUUCCAGGUUAAUAAUUCAGUGUAAAAUUAAGCUCUUCUAAUUUCGCAGUCAUACUUCUGUAGUUCCAUGUAUGCCAACUGAGCCGCCCAAGACUGCGAGCAUGCAUCUUGUUUUGAAUACUCGCAACUACAUUUCACAGUCAUUGUGACCACAAUGGGCUAAGAGUUCCAGAGCAGUGGUGUCUGCAGACACUGAUAAACGUGCAAGCAUUACACAUUAU